GGUGAUGGCAACACGCGCUUGAAAUAAUUGGCAUUGGUGGCCUAGAGCCCAUGCAAAGCGCAUCUAGCUCAUGUGAGAAACAUGGGCGACAAGGACAGGUAUCAGCAGUUCUAUCAGCCAAAGGCAGAUUUUACAAAGCAGGUCAGAAUUGUUCUUGUUUCCUUGGUUGCGCUGGGUGGUCUGCUGGGUCUCUAUUUGCUUGCAGUCCCUUCGGAAACAAAGUCGUCUUCUAGGACGUAUAAAAAUCUUGCGAAUAGUGAUCGUGGUCUCCAUCUGGAUGCUGAUUUGGCGAGGCUAGAUCUUCAACCUGGGGCUGGAGAUCCAAGAACUGAUGACCGGGGCUGGAUGGUCGAUCCAAGGGAGGCAGCCCAUCAAGCAGGUCUGCAAGGGGCGGCUGUAUGUGAAGAUGUGCACCUAGGCAUCAUCUUACCUGGCAAGACCAGGGGGAAUCACCGGCAUCACACAAAGAAUGAAACUUUCAUCCUGUGGGGGGCAAGAACGAAGUGGAGGGUGGAGAAUCCUGAGAGCGAACAUGGCUAUGUCGAGGUGGUUCUUGAAAGAGACGAUGUUGUAGUCACGGUGGGAAGAGCUUCAAUUGCUCAUGCUGUAAUAAACAUCGAUACUCAGCUGUCUACUAAUCUGGUUUCUUGUACUGAUGGUCUCUUUGAUCCCAAGCAUCCGGACACAGAUUACAAAGUAUGGAAAGAUCUGAAUCACUAGCUCUUUCAGGUUUCAUUGAUUGGUUCUGAAUUCAUCAGACGAUUACUCGUAGUAACACACCUCAUAAUUACCGGAAGACUGUGCAAGACUGGCUAGUGUCAUGAGUCAUGGGAUGUAAAAGGCGCUACGCACGGUCCUUCCAUUUUCCAUGGAUCUGGAGCGUAAAACGAAGAUAGGAUUAGGGUGCCCCUGCACCAUGGAUUAUCCUCAAUGGCAGGGCUGACCAUGGGACCAGGCUGACAUGAGUGCAUGCAAUGAUGGCCGCUUGAGGUGCUAGGACUCGAGGUGCCGC